CGCCAUAUGAAGAGACUUUGCUGUCAAGAUUCGAGUACAUUAUUUACGUAGCCCCAGUGCCUCCCUUCGAUAUUGCCAAUUUUGCCGAAUACUCCAUACUUGCAAGAAGCAUGAAACUAGUCAUCCUAGCCCCAGCAACAACGCUGUUUACCACAGCCUCCGCACACUCAUGGCUGCACUGCACCAACCACAACAAUACGGGUAUAAAAGCUGAGAUGGCAGCCGCAGCUAUUGAAAACCCACUGGCGCCGGUUGAUCCACUGUAAGUACUCCGUACCCAAUCACAUAUACAAAUAAAGAGAACGGGAUAGCUAACCCUCCCACAGCAUGCCUUGGUUCGCAAACUUAUGCCACGGCUGGCCGCGCGCAAAGCAGAAUCCAGGCGACUGGAUA